AUGGUGUUGGGAGAAUCCAAAUCCAAAUUUAUAUGUGAUGAUGUGACAGAAGACUUGGUGAUUGAGAUAUUGUUGAGGUUGUCAGUGAGAGCUCUGAAGCGAUUCAAGUGCUUGUGCCAGUCAUGGUAUCCCUUGAUCAACAGCUCUUCCUUCAAGGCUGCCAAACACUAUUCAUUCAGAAUCGAAGGAGUUAUCGAGGAGGACAUCCAAAAUUUCGAUCUUUCCUACGAAUCAGGACGUUUUGAAGGUCCUUUUCGUGGUUGUUUAGCUCUUUGGAACCCUGCAUCUGGAUAUACAAAGGCUAUCCCAAAACAUAAAUACGAUCCAUAUGGUGAGUAUACUGAUCCACAAGAUUAUGGAAUUGGGUUUGAUUCCAUAAACAAUGAGGACAAGCCCUUCUUCAUUUGCAGCCUCAUGCCCUAUGAUAGGGCCUCCUCUUCGGAUGAUGAGGAGGAUUUUACAAUGACUCUUUGGAUCUACACCAUCAAAACCAACCUGUGGAAAACCAUUGAAUUUUCUGGCCUUGCUGCACAUUCAUAUGGUGACGUUUUCUACACCCAUGGAAUGUCACACUGGAGAGGAUACAGCAGCCGCGAUGAUGGAGGGGAUGUAAUUGUUUCCUUUGACAUUACCGAGAAUGACGAGUUCAUUCUCACUACCCCCUUUCCUAAUGAUAUUAUUAAUACACACAUGCCUAUCCUUAUUGUUAUCAUGACUGUAACAAUGAUUGUCCUUACCUUUCUUUUCUCAAUGAAUCCCUUGUUCUGGUUUGUCCUCAUCAGUAAAACGACAAUGAUGAUGAUGAUUCUUUAG